GAGGAAUGCGUAGACGACAAGCGGGAGCGCCAAGAGUAUGUCGAAGACUUGGAGAACGAGCUGGGUAAAAUAUACGAGAGGUGCACUCUACUGCUUCAAAGAAAAAUCGGAGGCGAGCCAGAACAUGUUCUACCACAUAAAAUGCUCCUUACUCUUGCUGUCUGCUUACGGAAGGUGGAGAGCGCUGCCGGUUCAUCCAAUGGGAGAAGCGCUGCAUUCGUUGUCUUGGAAGGGGUCACGUUCCCGAAGUUUGCAGAACUGAGGAAAAAUCAUCACUGUAUUUCCUUAUUACCAAGAAAAAGCAUUACAGACCAAUAUGUAGAUAAAGAACUCAAUGAACGUGCCACGAAGAAAAUCGGGGCGAUCAAAGUGGAAAUUGACCGCGCA